AUCAAAUAAGAUCACACAUGACUAUAUUUAGGCUUACACAUUGAAAGAAUUUGAUGAGUCAAAGUGCUUAGAUGAACAGCUUUAAAAGUCAAAAGUGGACAAAGACAGUUGGAUGGAGGUAGUAUAUGUGAUCAAUGGCAAUGCAGGCAACAAGGGACUAUGCGGGAAGCCUGUAAAUUCCGAUUGCGCCAUCCAAAGCCCUCCUCCUCCUCCUCUGAAAUCGCCGCCGCCGCCGGGAAUCAUUGGAGAUGUCGAGUCGUCGAUAUUAUCCGCUAUAACAGGAAUUCUAAUGCUCACAGCAAUAUGCCUCUUAGCCGUAGCCCUAAUCAUCGCACUAUACCUAAUUUGCCGCGGCGACAGGGGCCGAUACCACUAUCGCCUACACAGAGGAGGAGGAUCCUUCGAUCCAUUAUAUUCCCCCAACAACAACCCCACCGCGUCGCCGUCGCCGGACAGGGCCAGCACUCCGAGCAGCAGCGCCGGAGCAGGGGCGUCUCCGUCGGUGGGAAGGCUGGCGUUUGUGAGGGCGGACAGGACACAAUUCAGCCUGCAGGACUUGCUGAGGGCGUCGGCGGAGGUGCUAGGCGCCGGAAACCUAGGUUCGUCGUACAAGGCGGUGUUGAUGGGCGGAGAGGCGGUGGUGGUGAAGAGAUUCAAGCACAUGAACCAAGUCGGGAGGGAAGAGUUCCAGGAGCACAUGCGGCGUCUCGCCGGGCUUCAGCACCCCAAUUUGCUCCCUCUUGUUGCCUAUUACUACAGGAAAGAAGAGAAAUUGCUGAUUUCUGAUUUUGUCCCCAAUGCUAACUUAGCAACUCAUCUUUAUGGUAAAGAUUCGAGUCUUGAUUGGUCAUCGAGAUUAAAGAUCAUCAAAGGUGUGGCAAAGGGAAUGCUCUAUCUCCAUAAGGAGCUAACGAGCCUAGUACUCCCACACGGCCACCUCAAGCCAUCCAACAUCCUCCUCGACCACUCAUUCAACCCCAUAUUAAUGGACUACGCCAUGGUCCCAAUACUCAACCCCGGCGAGGCACGAAACCUUCUCGCCGCCUACAAAUCACCGGUGUGCACCGCCAACCUCGGCCACCCCACCAGAAAAACGGACGUUUGGACUCUCGGGAUUCUCAUUUUGGAGACAUUGACGGGCACAUCUCCCGAUUCCCACUUGCAAACUUGGAUCAAUUCAAUAUCCAAAGCGGCUGCAGAGGGAAACGAUGAGAGCCAUUGGGAAAUAGUGUUUGAUGCGAAGAUCCAAGGAAACUUAAGGGAGAGUGGAGGACAAAUGCGAGAGCUUUUGAAGAUUGGAGUUGUUUGUUGCCGAGAAGAUCUGGAUUACAGAUGGGAUUUGAAUGAGGCCGUUGAAAGAAUUCAGAAUUUGAAGGAGAUGGACAAUAUGUAAAAGUUGCAUUAUGGGUUAUAUAUCGAUCAUUAUUGUCACCCUUUGUCGUUCCAAAUAUGAUAUUAAUAUGUAUUACAGACAAGCACACAUAACAAUUAUUUAUAAAAUGUUGUUUGUAAAACAUUAAUAUCAUAUUUGAUGAAACUAUAACAUUUCGAUCUCAUGUAUGUAUACACAUAUUUUAUGACUCCUUACUAACUCUCAACAUGAUGUAUGCAUGCAUUGUUGUAUGAUAUGCUUAUGAAGCCUCAAAACUUAAUUAGUUAGGAUUUUCCUUAAUUUCUUUAUUUUGAGAUUAUUUUUUAACAUCUUUUUUAUUAAAGAUGUUUCUUUUUACCCCAAGGUUUUGUUUGUAUGCCUAAUGAAUACACAGAACAAUU